AUGGAUGCAAAAGUUUACCUACAGUCCUUUGGCUGGACGGAAGGACAGCCUUUGAAGAAAGGGGGAUUGAAGAAGCCAAUUUUGGUGAAACAUAAGAAGGACACAAAAGGGUUGGGACAUGACUCCAAUGGUGCAGACAUGUGGUGGGAAAAGCUAUUCGAUGGACAAUUAAAGGGUUUGGAAGUGAGCAAUGGAGAUAGCGGAAAUGGUGUUUCCUUUAAGCAUAAGAAUGAAACGGUGUUGAAGAACUUGAACAAGAACAUGUCUCCUUUGUAUCGAAUGUUUGUCAAAGGUGAGGGUUUGGAAGGUACGGUGGGGAAAACAGAUCAUAUAAAAGAGGAGCAUGUUACAGAUUUGGCAAGCAAGGCUGCAGCAGAAAUGGAGAAAUUGACAAGUACAUCACUACUUGAGACCGGGAAAAUGAAGGAAAAGAAAAAGUCUAAAAGCAAAGGCAAUACAGAACAAGAUAAGGCAGAUAAAAGCAAGAGGAAACUAAAGAAGGAAAAAGAGAAAAAGCUGAAAAAGAAGAGAGCGAAGAAGGAGCUAGAGGCAAUAAGUGUGAAGGACAAAGCUAAUAGCAAAAAACGACGGAAAAUCGGAGGGGCAAACGUUGACAGUGAAGAUGUGAUAGUUGACAGAAAGAAGCGGAAAAGAGAUGGACGCACAGAAGGACUGAAGCGACGUAUAUACAGUUAG